AUGACUGCAAAUUCACAAGGGCAGCUCACGAUUCUAAUGAAUAACAAAUGGAAACUCGCAACAGAUCCAUUGAAGAUCAUCGACGUGACUUUUGGGUCAGCUGUGGUUGGUAAAGGUGCAUUUGUACUAUAUGAGAGCACCGAAGGCUUAAACAUCCAAUUUCGAGUUUUUGAAGGGCAUGACUUCAGUGUUGAAGUGGCUGUUCCAUCAGGUGCUACUUGCUUGAACUCUUAUAUCGACCUGGGUACUGGUUAUACCGUUUUACUGGUCGGUGGAGACCAGAUCACGAUGUAUACUUCACACCAGUAUGUUAUCCCAGAUAAUAAAGGAACAAUUAUUACGACAAAAGACACAGAUCUGGGUAUUAAAGACCUCCACCUAUCCCGAACCGAAACUGAACUAACCAUGUGGUAUACGACAUCGAGUGAUGCCGUUCAUUACUAUGCGGCAAACCUGGACGAUCUGAAUGACGGGCUUUUGGUACCCUUGUUGCCAUCAGGAUCUGGUGGACAGAUAUCUGGAUUAUUGUCUGCCGCAUCCACCCACAGCGAAGUCCUUGUCAACACUCUUCUCAGUGUUAAUCAUUCAGGGUUCAUAACGAUGUUACAGCAAGCCACGGACAGUGGCAUGUGGGAAAAGAUCCCAUUCUAUGCUCCAUCAAAGACCAAUAAUAUGGAGGUCCCUAGCUUUACCAUUAGAGUGAUGGCGACUUCGGAUGGUAGCAACAACGUAAACGAAAAAACUCCAAAUUGCCAGCUUCACCUCGUCAGUUCUAGUCUCAUUCAAGUUACGUCAAAUGGUGCAAGCACAAGUAUAUCACCGGAUGGUGUCUGGAUGUCAUGCGACUCUAACAGUGUCCUUACACUCAUCGUCGCAACUGCAGAUUUGGCCUGUGUCACAAUCCAGGUUGAUCAGUUCAAGUCUGAGACAGGAUUCAUUGAAACAAUACCUUCGUUUAUCAUUAAUCCUACGGAGAAAUUGUUACCAAACUUGCUUCCCAUUACAAGCGGUGCGGAUCUUCUUAAUGCGAAGACCCAAACUGGAGAACCCUUGCUCAAACCAGGGUCAGUAAGCCCAGAGGAUGCUGAUAGCGCGGCAACGAUAAUCUCUGAGUUGACAAGAACAAACCCACUGGUGCAGGCUCCAUCACCGGGACGUUUCCAAAGGCAAAGGAGGCGGGUGAAAUUCUCAGAGGAAACCAAAGCUCAACACCCGGAGGCCCGAGCUAGAAUGUUUGCAUUAGGAGACUGGAGCUCUUUCUGGGAUUUCUUCUACGACCUCUAUGAAGAAGCUGAAGAGGUCCUUGGCUGGUCUCUUCAAAAAUUAGACGACGUCUAUCAUCUUGUACUUCAUUGGUUGGAUCAAGAAUUUCGCUUUGUUCUUGAUAGUUUUCAAGCCGUCGGAAAGGCAAUCAGCUGGGUAUUCAAAAAGAUCACAGUUGCCGUUGACAAGCUUAUCGACUAUGUUGGCUUCCUGUUCUCGUGGGAUGACAUCCUACAAACAUCCGACACGAUCAGCACAUACAUCAAUGCAGGCUUGUCCUACGGCAACACCCAAAUUGGAGAGCUGAAAUCCCAAAUUGACACAUACCUCCAAACAUUGAGAGUCUCCGCAACCAGGGGAAAGCUUAAGCCAUCGAACGUAUUGACUGCGAGUAAUGAGCAGGAUCCUCAGUCGACAGACCCGACAAAAGCCGCCCAGAACGGAGUGGCUUAUAAUUUUGCUGCGUAUCAUAUGCAACAUAGCGGGUAUGCCACUGAUAGUACUAUCAUCCCCAAGAUCCCUUCCAACAGUUCCCAAGACAGUGGUCAAGAACUCAAAGCAAUCUGGGACAGCAUCUCCAAAGAAGUUGAUGUGGUGAAAUAUCUUGUUGAAGACAUUUCCCAGGACAUUAAGGACAUUUUCACGCCUGGGACGGACACAAAUGAGAUAUUCGCCAGGCUGAAGGAUGAGCUUGUGAACGCGGCAAUCGACACCAUACAGAAUGUCGCUGAUGCUUUACUCGAGGCUGUCAGCCUGUGCAUUUCAGAGUUCCAGGACUUGGGAAAUGCGGAAAUUCAAGUCCCAAUUUUCAGCGCGUUAUGGGACUUGAUAUCUGACGGACGGAAAUUUACGGUCUUCAACUGCCUCUCAUUGAUCCUUGCUAUUCCAAGUGCCAUCCUCUUUAAGCUUGCCGCAGGCAAAGCUCCACCAGCUCUUGAGGGGCGCCUUACCGAAAAAACAUUUGGGAUGUACGUUACUGGCGACCCUAAACUUGAUCCCACACUCGCCAGCGAUAUCAAAGCAGUGACCGAAUGUGUCGCCGUCACCUCUGGCGGACUUGCUGUCAUUCUGCUUGCGAACAACCAGGGUUUCCAACCAAAUGGCCAUCCGGAGCUGCCAACUGCAGCUGGAAAUGCGAUGGACGCAGCCACAAUAUUCUUGGAUACAUUUACCUUGAUCACCUCCUGGCCUCUAAAGUACAAAUAUGACCAGAACCUUUACUGGACAGUAUGGGGACUUGAGCUGAGCAAUGCUAUAUUUCUCGCCUGCAGUCGUAUCGUCGGCUGGAAAUUCGGCUUCCCACGGGUCGAGACCAAGCGAUCCGUCGGUAUCUGGGAGGUCGUCACUAGCUUCCCAAUAUACAUCGUUGAUAUUAUUAUUGACGUCCACGAGUUUGACCUACCCGAUGGCGAUCCUGACAAGGAUGAUGCGCUGACAACCAGACAUGUCAUAGAGGAGACUGCUACCCUUAUUAAAAACUGGGCUUUUGGUGUUGCAGCCUUGAACGAUGAGAUUAAUGAGCCAGUGACGGCAGUAGCGCUUGCAGUGAUGGGCAUUGCAACCGUACUUAGCUCAUCAUUCAAGUUUGUCGAUUUUGUGUUUUGGUAUGAGGAUAGGCCAAAGGAGCCAGGGCCGGUACGCCCUCCUGGCCAUGGUUUACCUCCACCCUCGAAAAAGCAAUGUGUCUUCCAGGACAACUGA